CAAUUCAUCUUGCUGACUUGCGGUCAGAAUUGACUGCGAUCCUCGGGGUCGGACUCUGAGCGUCUCGGCAAUAGAUGGCCAUUCGGGAAUCCAGAUCGUAGUCCAUUUGAGGAGGCAUCGAACAGCCAUUUAGCUUCUAGCAUCGUUCAUAGAGCUCGGCAGACAUAGAGUGGUGCGAUUUAAUCAGUGCAUAGAAGGGUGCGGGUGAGACUCGGAGAGGUGGUGGACUGAGAGAACUAGGGAAGAUGCUCCGCGUCUUGCUAAAAGCUCCAGAGCACUUUCCCCUUAUGAGCAGUAACCAUCACCGUAGCCCGAGCUCGUCGCAAGCGCGGUAGCCUCGGUCGAAUAUCGACGAAAGCAGCCAAGCUUUUCGCUCUUCGGGUGCAGGUGAAGUCUGUGGUGCUGAAGAACUAAACAUCCUGACGUACUCUCGAGAACGUUUACCCUUACGAGACCCUCUCCACACCUGACCCAUAUGGAUGGGCAUUCUACUCCAGGAUGAACUUUCCAGGCAGCUUUACGGUUGUUGAGAACGACCAUAUCGACAAGAGUUUCUUAUCCAUCGUCCCUGCGCAUCAAGUCGAACGAUGAAAGCAGCUGCCUUUUACGAUAAGCGUGAUAUCCGGAUCGUCGACAAACCGGUUCCGGAACCCAAGGCCGAUGAGAUUCGGGUGAAGGUGGAAUGGUGCGGCAUAUGCGGGAGCGACAUGCACGAGUAUGAGGGUGGCCCCCACGGUGUGCCCACCAUGGGACAUUCCGGAGAGCAUCCGCUCACGGGCAAGUCGGGUCUGCCAUUGGUUCUGGGACAUGAAUUUAGCGGCACUAUCGACAAGCUUGGACCCGAGGUGGAUACUGAGAAGUACAAAGUGGGGGAGCGCGUUUGCGUGGAGCCCAUCAUCACUUGUGGUCAAUGCAAGCUGUGUCACGGGGGCUUCGAAAACUGCUGUCCCAAAAUGGGUAUCAUCGGUGUUGCCGAUGACGGUGGCUUCGCCGAAUACGCACUUGCUCGGCAGCAUCGCGUUCACUUUCUGCCUGACAAUGUCUCCUUUGAAGUUGGAGCGCUUAUCGAGCCCCUCUGCGUCGCAUGGCAUGCGGUGCGACAGGCCCACUUCACAAUGGGACAGACGGCGCUUGUCCUCGGAGGUGGCCCUGUAGGGCUCGCUGUGCUGAAAGUUCUCCAAACCGUUGGGGCACGUUCCGUCUACGUCUCCGAAGUAGCCGACGCAAGAAAGGAGUAUGCGAAGAAGUCGGGGGCAACGGAGGUGUGGGAUCCGCGCGAGGUUGAUGUCGUGCAGGCUUGUAAGGACAGGGGUCCACACGGACUAGGAGUAGACGUCACUUUCGACUGCGCGGGUGUUCCGGCGUCCAUCAAGACUGCAAUUAAAGCUGUGAAACCGCGCGGCACAAUUCUCAACGUCGCUCUGUGGGAUCGUGACGUUCCAGUCUCGCUUAGCGACAUCACAACGGGAGAGAAGGUGUUAAUCGGGACGGCCUGCAUGGUGGAGGCGUUCCCCGCAGUGAUCCAGGCCGUGAGCGACGGACGUCUGAACACGGACGGGCUCAUUACCGGCAAGAUCAGCCUCGACGACAUCGUCAGUCAGGGCUUUGACGCGAUCGCAGCAGCGCGCGAUAAGCAUGUGAAGAUCCUCGCCUCUCCCAUCAAGCGUUGAAUCAUCAUAAGGGGUAUGAACGGGACGGGAGCGGAUUGAGCGGGUGAGGAGUAAAGCCGUAACAAGGUUGAAGGAACCCAAAGGGGCGUGAGGAUU